GUUAUUUUUGUCUCAGAAAACGUCACUUUUGGUAAAAUUUUUAGGAAAAUUCACUGAAAUUAAUUUGAUUAAAUUGUAAGUCUCCGAUCUCGGAUAUUCUUUGACGGUCCUUCAGAAUGGUGUGCCGCUUCAAUCCUUUUUACAUUGGACCAACUCCGCCCAGCUGCUGCACGGACUUGAAGUCCGAUUGCGACUGCCCACCGUGCUCACCAGAUACAGGGUAUCAGGAGCCUCGACCCGUCCAUGAGGAGUGCAACCCGGGUGUGACCAAGAAGGAGACCAAGGAAAGCAAAUGCAAUCCUCCUUGCAAGGAAGCCCCCAAAAAGGAAAAGAAGGAGAAGAAGUCCGAGAAUAAUGAUGCCAAAAAAACUAAAUAAAACGUAGCUUUGCCAGAAAUUGUUCUUAUUAAAAUUCCUAUACAGCUUAGCCAUUUUUAAAAACACAAAAUUCAAUUAUGGUGGAUACGCACGAACAUCGAACAUGGCUUCUUAAAAUUCAAUUACGCGCAGCUCACAGCUACAAACAUGAAUCAAUCCAUUUAUGCACCAUAUCAAAUCAAAGUCAACCGCAAAUAUAUUUUCAAAUUGAAUUCUACCAGAAGAAAAAGACGCAAACGUGAAGAAGCGGUCAUAAAAGCUCAAUAAACGGCAAUAAAAUACGUAUACG